AGAUUAAUUUUGGUGAUUGGGCCAAUGUUUAAUUGGAGUUAAUAUAUAUAUUUGGACUCCGUGUGACUUUUGUGAGAUCCAUAUAUAUCGUGAUGAGAUAGGGCUGCUUUUCACAGUCGUCGUCUUCGUCGUCAUUGCACGCACACCAGCGAAAGUCAUCUGUGAAUCAGGAGAGGGAAGGAAAGAGAGACUAAGAUGAAUGGACCGAUUCGCCAAGACUGGGAGCCCGUAGUUAUCCGCAAGAAGGCGCCAACAGCCGCUGCUAGCAAGGAUAAAAAUGCCGUCAACCUUGCCCGUCGCGUAGGCGCCGAGGUCGAAACCGUAAAAAAGUCUACUGCUGGUACAAACAAGGCUGCCUCAAGUAGCACAACUCUGAACACAAGGAAGCUUGAUGAAGAAACAGAGAAUCUGACUCUUCCAAAGGUUCCUUCUGAGUUGAAGACUGCUAUUAUUCAAGCUCGGAAUGCCAAAAAAUUGACCCAAGCUCAGCUUUCUCAACUUAUAAAUGAGAAAGUGCAAAUUGUUCAGGAGUAUGAGUCUGGAAAGGCAAUUCCGAAUCAGCAAAUAAUUGUUAAACUGGAGAGGGCUCUUGGUGUCAAGCUCAGAGGGGAAAAAAACACGAGUAAGAAAUAAAUGGUUAGGCUUGGUGAUAAGCCUUCUGGUUUGAUUGUGUCCAAGUCCGUAACACUUGUGUUUAUACAUGACCAUCGUCCUUCAGUCUUGUGUUUAACUAUUUUGGAAUUUGCGACUCUAUGGACAAAAUGUGCUGUGUAAUUUGAAUCUUUUUCUGUUCACAAUAAAUCUCAGGAGCUGAAAUGAAUAUGUAACUAAUGUGCAUUCUCCUCCUGUCACCAUGUUUCUUUAAUGUUAAUGUUUGUGGCUUUUAAGAUGCCAUUUUUAUGCGACCAAUUGGCCAUUGGGCAUUUUCAUGCUCGAUUGUUGGUUGACAAGCAUAAAACAACCUCCUGUUA